AUGCUAAAAUUCCCUGGAUUCCUCAAACAAUUCCCGGGAUUUCGGUAAUUUCUCUAAUUUCUUGGUGUGUUGUGCCGUUUUUUGUAGCAAAAAUUGUUUGCUUAUGUUUUUAACAGUCUGUGAGGGAAAUAUCGACGGUUUUUUCACCUAUUUUUUGUUGGAAAAUUUGACUUUUUCGGAGAUUUUUCAAAAUUUUUUGGUCAAGUGUAAUAUAAUGGUGAUUUAUGGAGAAAAAAGUUUUAAACAUGGGAAAAAAUUGAUGAUCAUUGUAGAUUAGGGAAUUUAGAGUGGGUUGAAACAAAAAUUUACCGAAUUUUCCUGCGAAUUUCUAGAAAUUUCGCCCAUUUUCUCUGGAUCCUCACGAAAAAUCCGGUCCCUUCUUUGUCUCGACCUUUUUCGUUCGCUUUUCUUCUGUUCGCACCCUCAAUUUCAUCGCAUUUCAUUGCUCACUCUGCAUAAUUUAUCUUGCGAAAGCUUUUUGUAAGUUGUGGAAAUUUUGGCUAGCCUAAAAAGACAUUGUUUUAGAGGGGUCAUCGGAUUUUUGAUGAAAAAGUUGGAGAAAAUGGAAAAUUUCGGAAAAAUCAUGAAUUUGAGUUGAAAAAUCAUUACUUAAAAAUAAUUUACAAGGCAUCUAAAUUAUUUUUGAACUAUAUUUUACCCUUUGGCUGGUCAAAAUCAUCAAAAAAUUUCCAUUUUUCCGCAAAAAUUUCCAUUUUUUGGCGAAAAAUUGCCUAAAUCAUGAAUAACUCGAUAUUUUCAGAGCAUUCCAAGUCCUCUACGGUGCCGAUCGGAUGAAAAAUGACAACCAACAGCAACGCGAACAGUUCCGCGAAGCCAAUCAGCAGCUUUCGGUUGUAAAAUACAACAUCCCGCAGGCCUUCCAAGAUGUCUUUCAAAUAGAAAAAAAUCCCCAAAAGGUGGUCCGCAAAUUGGUGUGCGCGUCUUUGGUGGACUCCCUAGUACAGUUAGCACCGAAUGAAAAGAAAGAAGUUGUAAAGAAAGGUUGGUUUUGGCAGCAUUUUUUUUGAUUUUGUUACCUAAAAUAAGGAAAAAGUGUUGAAAUUACAAAAUUUGGGAUUUUUGGAGCGAAUCUGUAGUGAAAUUUGCGGGCCAAUCGAAAUUUCAGCGUAUUUUAGAUUUCUAAAAUGACUUUUUGGGUCAAAAAUUGACUUUUUUGGGUCAAAAAUUGACUUUGUUACCUAAAAUAAUAUCGAUUUUUUCGAAAUUUUUUGAAAAAAUAGGGUUAUUAAGCUCUUGAUGACUUGAAAACCAUUAUUUUAUGUUGAAAGACGACGUAUUUUACCUUUUUUUGAGCAAAAAAUCAACUUUGGUACCUAAAAUAAUAUAAAAAUUUUUGUUGAUUUUUGUUAAAAAUUUAGUCAAAAUUGAUUGGAAAAGUGACCGAAAUUGCUAAACCCAUCGUAUUUUACCUUUUUAGACCAUUUUUUCCCCAAAAACCGUCUUUUCAUGUUGUCGUUGUAGAACCCAAAAAUUGAUAUCAAAAUGAGUUUAAUUUUUGAGAUACUUGUGGUCGAAAUGGCCUAAUAAGAGUCUAAUUUCAGCCAUAGUCGCCGUUCUCUCCCGUGCCGACGUCUUCUCCCCGGUUUAUAUGUCCGAUGAUCUGCAGAAGUUUCGAGACCCAUUAACCCAAGUGAUCAACUCAUUUGUUACCAGCACCACCUCAUUUUUCCCGCUCAGUGUUCUGUCGCCAAGGAUUGACGCCUCGUAAGUUCGAUUUUGAGGGAUUUGGAGGUGUUUUUGAGAUUUUCAAGUUUUCGUGGUGGGACCGAAAAUUUUUGAAAUUUUGUUUUUUCAAAGGGAAAUGAGAUUUUUGAGGAGGGUUUUGAAUUGGAAAAGACUUUUAUGAUGUGAUUAGAUGAUAUUUCAGCAUAAUUUCGCAUUUAAAAAAGAUUUUUAGGUCCCACCACGAAAACUUGAUUUUCUGAAAAAUCCCCCGGAAAUUACGGAAUUUCAUGGGAAAUGGGACAAAAUGUCCAUAGAAAAUUUUAUUUGAUUUUUUUUCAGAUUGUCCUACAGUAUCGGCGACUUUUCGAUAGUCUCCAGCAGAUAUCGCCAGGAUUUCGAGGAAAUCGCGGACAUUGGAUCUGGCGGUUUCGGACGUGUUUAUAAAGUUAAAUCCCGACUGGAUGGCAAUUUUUACGCGGUGAAGAAAAUUCCGCUGAGAAGCGCUCAAACGGAUGUGCUCAGCAAAGUACGGGAAUUUUUGAAUUUUUUUGAUUUUUUGGAUUUUUUUGAAUUUUUUUUAUGGAUUUGGUGGGCUAAAAUAAUAUCAGAAGAGCUGUUUUAGACGGUAAAGGAGUGCAAAUACCACGCCAGCCUUCAGGACCCGCACAUUGUCCGGUAUCAUAAUGCGUGGGUGGAACUGCACAGUAUGGAAAAUUUUGAAAGUCCAAGGUAAGAAAGGGAUUGGAAAUGUUGGACAGGGCUUUUUUAAGAAAUUUGGGGACGAAUGGGAUGGAAUGGAGUGAAAUUUGAGUGGAUCCGGGGCGAUUUUCGAGAAGAAUUUACCUUGUUUUAUACAAAAAUGGGUGGUUUUUGGAGAAAAAUGAUGAUUUUUGGUUGGAAAAUGAAAAAAAUGAGCUUGAAAAUGGGUGAAUUUGGAUGUCUAUGGACUGUUGUUUAAUUUAGAAUAAGGAAAACUUGAUAAAAUUUUGAAUUUUUAAGAGAAAAUGCUAUUUUUAAAAUUUUUCUUGUAAUUUCUUUGACAAUUUUUAACCUUUUUUCAGAGUCUCAACUGCUCACCAGUCCACAGCCUCACUUUCCGAGCCCUUUUUCGAACCGAAUUCGGAAGCUUCGGACAGUUUGAUCAGGUUUUCGAAUGACUCCCAUGCCCGCUCAACCCCAAUCAAAGAAGCAACCUCCGACGAAUCGACCUCAGAAUCCUCGGAAGCCUCAUCCGAAGAGAAAGAAGGAGGAUCCAGCGGAAAUUCGAGCGAUUUCUCGUCCUCAAAUGAGGUGAAGGAAGUGGCGGUGAGAAGAAAACGAUACUCCAGAUCAUCACAUUCCAAAUGGGAAACUGUUCAGGUAAGGUUUGGUAGGAUUUUUGGGCUAUUUGGACAGUGGAAAACAAGAUUUAAAAUUUUUUUUGUUUUUUUUUUUUUUUUAUUUUUUUUUUAUUUUGGACUGUGCAGACCUAUGUUAUUUUUUUGAACUGUGAAGUCAAUUUCAGAAAUUUUCGCACAGUGCAGAUUUUUGCGUCAACUUUUUUGGCCUUGCACUGUGCGAAAAUUUGCAAUUUUUUUGGUCUUGCACUGUGCAAAAAUUUUUGUUCAAGGUAGUUGCACCGUGCAGAUUUUUUGGUCUGUUUUUUCGCACUGUGCAGGCGGUUUUUGAAUUUGGCACGGUGCAGAUUUUGAGCCAAUUCUUUUUGGUCUUGCACUGUGCGAAAUUUUUUUGUCCGAUGUCGUUGCACUGUACAACCAAUUUCAUAAAUUUUCGCACAGUGCGAAGCAAAAAAUCAAUUUUUUGGUCGGCACCGUGCAGAUUUUUGGUCUGUUUUUUUGCACCGUGCAGACAUUUUUCGAAAUUUUGCACGGUGCAGAUUUUGAGCCAAUUUUUUUUGGUUUUGCACUGUGCGAAAAUUUUUUGUCCGAGGUCGUUGCACUGUGCAGAUGUUUUGUUCUAAUUUUUCGCACUGUGCAGAAAAUUUUUGAAAUUUUGCACGGUGCGGAUUUUGAAGCGCUUUUUUUGAUUUUGCAUUGUGCGAAAAUUUUUUUUCCGAGGUCGUUGCACUGUGCAGAUGUUUUUCUAAUUUUUCGCACUGUGCAAUUUUUGAAAUUUUGCAUCGUUGCACUGUGCAACCAAUUUCAUAAAUUUUCGCACAGUGCGGUGCAAAAAAUCAUUUUUUUGGGCCUUGAACUGUGCGAAAAUUUGCACAGUGCAAGGCCAAACUGUGCAGAUUUUUCUAUUUUUUCGCACUGUGCAGGCGGUUUUUGAAUUUGACACGGUGCAGAUUUUGAGCCAAUUUUUUUUGGUCUUGUACUGUGCGAAAAAUUUUUGUUCAAGGUCGUUGCACUGUACAGAUUUUUUGGUCUGUUUUUUUUGCACUGUGCGGACGAUUUUUGAAUUUGGCACGGUGCAGAUUUUGAGCCAAUUUUUUUUGGCCUUGCACUGUGCGAAAAUUUUUUGUCCAAGACCAUUGCACUGUGCAGAUUUUUUGGUCUGUUUUUUGCACCGUGCAGACAAUUUUUGAAAUUUGGCACGGUGCGGAUUUCGAAGCAUUUUUUUUUGAUUUUGCACUGUGCGAAAAAUUUUUGUCCGAGGUCGUUGCACCGUGCAGAUUUUUUGGUCUGUUUUUUUGCACCGUGCAGAAAAUUUUUGAAAUUUGCACGGUGCAGAUUUUGAGCCAAUUUUUUUUGGUUUUGCACUGUGCGAAAAUUUUUUGUCCGAGGUCGUUGCACUGUGCAACCAAUUUCAUAAAUUUUCGCACAGUGCGGUGCAAAAAAUCAAUUUUUUGGUCGGCACUGUGCAACCAAUUUUUCGAAUUUUUGCACGGUGCAAAAAUAAAAAAAAGUGUAAAAAAGAUUAUUUUUCCGCAUUUUAGGGAACAUAUCCGAUGCUUUUCAUUCAAAUGGAGCUGUGCCAUGCCAGUUUGGAGACCUAUUUGCUCAAGCGAAGCCAACAAAAAUUGGCGGAAGUGGAUCAUACCUUCAAUUCAAAGAUUGUCGAAGACGUUUUAAGUGCCAUUGACUUCCUCCAUGACCGAAAUGUGAUCCACAGAGACGUGAAACCCAGCAAUGUUUUCUUGAAAAAGUAUCCAAAUGGCCGAAUUAGGGCACUAAUUGGGGAUUUUGGCCUCGCGAUUGGUGAUGAUGAGCUAAAAGAUGAUGGAGAUGUAUUGGUUAACCCUUUUCCAGUAAUGUCGAGGAGGACUAAAGGCGUGGGAACGGCGUUAUAUGCGGCGCCAGAGCAGUUGAACUCGAGCAAGUACGAUAUUUCGGUGAGUUUUGGGAUUUUUCGGAAUUUUUGGGGAAAAAAGUGUUGUAAAAUACGUUUUAAAAUGGUGAUUGCUGUCUAUUAUUACUGUAAGAGGUCAUUUGAUAUAUGAUUUUACAGAAAAAAAUAUAUUUUUUAAACUUUUUUUUUCAAAAUUUUUUUGGGAUUUUUUUGAAAUUUGUUGUAAAAAAUGAUGUUUUUUGACAAGGAAAGUAGUUCUAUGCGGAUGAAGUUACAGGUCGAGACAUAUAUCAAAAAAAUCGCAAGGUUUUACUGAUUCAGAAUAUGUAAAAAUUAGCUGCCCAAUUUUGGUUUGUAAGGUCGAAAAAAUCCUCAGAACUUUUCUCCCAACACCACGCAAAUGCCUUUUUGACCAAGUUUUUGCCAACUCAAAAGUUUUGUUUUGAGCUAAAGUAAACCCUGGCAUCUUGACAAGCCUUGAAAUAUCAAAUUUGAUUAACACUACAAUGCCCAUUUUUUACAUUGGAGCUAGUAAUUAAGGUGUAGUAUUGAUCAGAUUUGAUAUUUUAAGGCUUGUCAUGAUACCAGGGUUUACUUUAGCUCAAAACAAAACUUUUGAAUUGGUAAAAACUUGGUCAAAAAGACAUUUGCGUGGUGUUGCGAGAAAAGUUCUGAGGGAUUUUUCGCCCUUAUAAACCAAAACUGGGCAGCUAAUUUUUACAUAUUCUGAAUCAGUAAAAUCUUGCGAUUUUUUUGAUGUAUGUCUCGACCUGUAACUCCAUGCCCCAUGUAAGUACUUUUCUUGUCAAAAAAUUUUUGAAAUUUUGUCGAAAAAGUGACGUUUUUGAUCAAAAUAAUCGAACUUUGUGACGUUUUAUGACGGUUUGCCCAAUUUCAGGCCGACAUUUACAGCGUGGGAAUGGUGAUUUACGAGUUGUACCAGAUUUUCCGCACGAAUAUGGAACGAGUUAUGGCCCUGAAAGACCUCCGCGAAUCAAAUCAAUGCUCUGAUUCGUUCGCCGACCUCUGGCCGGAAUGGACCCUACUCGUCGAGGCCAUGGUCCACAAACUCCCAGUGGAACGCCCGACCGCCAAAAAAGUGCUCGCGAAAAUCCGCAGAAUGGGCGAAAUGUCCGAGACGGGCAGGCUCCGAAAACAGCUCAGGUCCCUCGAAAAACGCAACCAACAGCUGAUUGAGACCCUCAGGGCGUAUCAACAGAGGUUUGGGAGCAUCGAAGAGGUCAAUGGAGACAAUGUACAGCUAAUUACAUAG